UUCUUAAACCUGAAGGCAAUUAAAAAGGCAUCACCAACAUUCACUUUCUUAAUCCCAGAUUUUAUUUUUUUUAAUUAUUUUAGUUUGACGAAUCUCUGUUUUUAUUUGGUAACUGUGAAAGUUUGUUGUUAUUUCCUUUUACUCGAUCUGUUAGUAGCAAACAAGAUUCGAUUAUAAUUUUUUUUUUACCUUUUAAGGAAUGGUUACUUGAUUAGAGAAGAGUUGUUUGAUUAUCUCAUUUGUUGAUAAGUUACAUGAGCUGAUUUUCAAUGGCGAUGUUUUAGCGGUUUUGAAAUCUCUCUUUUUUUUCCUUUUUUUUUUAAAUUUCCGUUUGAUUACAGUGUAAAUCAGUGAAAAAGAAAAAACGCGUUUGGUUAUAUGAUAAGUUUCUGGAGCUGUGAGUAUGAACUGAAGGAGAUUUAGUGGCAGAGAUGAAUGUAAGCCAUGCUUCGGUUCACCCAGCGGAGUAUCCACCGACCACGGACGCAGGCGAAGGCGGAGGCGGUGGCGGUGGCGGAAACAUCGAGGUGCCGAGAGUAAGGAUGAAGGAUUUUCAGGGGAUGCCCGGUACCCAAGGGGGGCUUGCGUUGCGGAUAUGUCAGUUUGUUUUUGCCGCUGUGGGACUUUGUAUUAUGGCAACAACUAGUGAUUUUCCAUCCGUUACCGCCUUUUGCUACCUUGUUGCUGCUACUGGCUUGCAGAGUUUAUGGAGCUUAUCACUAGCUAUUAUUGACAUUUAUGCUCUUCUAGUGAUGCGUUCACUGCAGAAUUAUCGAGUUGUUACUUUCUUUACCAUUGGUGAUGGGAUCGCAUCCACUUUGACAUUUGCCGCAGCUUGUUCUUCUGCUGGCAUAACCGUUCUUAUUGACAAUGAUCUUGAUAUCUGUUCGCAGAACCAUUGUGUGCAGUUUGAAACUGCUACUGCAAUGGCCUUCAUUAGCUGGUUUACUACAUUACCUUCAUUUCUCUUCAACCUUUGGUCACUGGCAUCCCGAUAGAAGGUUACACAGAAAAAAUGGGUGUAAAUGAUGCAUUUUAUUAUGCCAAGUACCAUUUUCUUGUAACAUUCUCGGGUGCUUGAAAACAAAAACUUGUUUGUAUGAUUUUAAAAGUUGUAUAGUUUGGUCUAUAACUAUUAUCAAAUUGAAUCAACAGCAUCCCCUAUUAAAAACA